UACAGAUUUAAUUUAUUACACCUGUUGCAAAUAAAUGUAAUUGUGGACUAGCACCAAAGAUCUAUUGCACAAUGUUGUGUCGAAAUGGCAGAAAACAACUUCUGCGCCAAAGCACUUGUCCGGCUGUGAUAACAGGAAAAGAUUCAAUUCCGUUUUGCAUUCCUUCGUACAAAAAUUCUAUAAGCAGCUUAGAAAAUGUUACAGACGAGAAUGGACAACGGGGUCGUUUCAGAUCAGCUGAAAGUUACGAAAAUAAACAAGCUUUGUCUCUCGGAGCAAUAAAUAAAGAUUUGUAUCUCGUUGACCAAUAUGAAAAUCAAGACAAUAACGAAGGCACAGACGGAUUCUUUUCGUCGUCGAGUCGAGCAAAUUUUCCGCCGGAUCAUGUCGGAAGAGUAUGGUUUGCUUUGACCUACGAAGAGAGCAGUGAGAAAUUGGUUUUAUCUUUGUUGAAGGCUCGAAAUUUAAAAAUCUGCCAAGGAAAUGAAGGAGAACCAAAAACGGAAAGAAGUAGAAAAUCAUGUUCCGUUCCAUCAACUGUCAGCUACUGCGAAAACGAUUCUCAUAAACGAAGUCCUUCUGUUCGACUGAAAAGAAAACUAUUUGCAAUGAGCAGACGUCACACCUCUGCAGGUAGAAAAGAAGGUAUCUCACGGUAUGGUCAGCUUGACGUUAAACGUCCUGAACCGAUAAAAUCAUCCCCUUCCCCAAGACAAAAAUUAAACUCACUCGUAAAAAUAUAUCUUUUGCCCGACGAAAGGAUGAUGGGACAAGCAAAGUGCAAAAAACAAGACGUCGAUCCAGUAUUCGUUGACCGAUUUGUUUUUCAGAUAUCAAAAUCAGAUGUAAAAUCGAGAUCCAUACGCCUUGUCUUCGUCGAAGUCGAUGACAACAUGAAACAUCAUGUCAUCGGUCACAUUACUCGACCCCUGUGGAAUUUUCGAAUGGACGGAAGAAUUACUUAUGACGAUCUAGAACGAGGACAUCCACUGAAUUGCAAGGAUUCAAUAGAUUGUAUCGAGGCAGAAAUUCAAGUAUCAAUGUGUUACGACAGCGCAUAUUCAAGACUCACAGUCAUUUUGCUUAGAAUGAAAUUGAUGAUGCCUUCUGAGAGAAAUCUUGAAAUAGAUCAAGAUAUCGAUUUAAAGUUCAAUGUUUGUGGAAAGCCAACAAAAACGAAAAAAUGUAAAACAGUGCGAAGGAAAGUUGGUUUUCAGAAUGGAAAGAAGCCGUGCGAUCAUACCGAGUUCCCGAUGAACGAAUCUUUUCGAUUCGACUUGAAUCCAGAAGAAUUUGAUAAAGCUUGCCUUAUUAUUAACGUCAAAAGCAAAACGAAGAGAAGUGCCAAUUCAAGCUGUGUGGCCUUGGGCAACUACAUGUUCGCAAGAGGUAGUGCGCUUGAGCACUGGACACGAACGACGAAUAAUCCAGAUAAAUUUAUACAAUCAUGGCAUCAUUUAAUGACAGCAAACGACGAGACGAAUUCGUGAUCAAGAAUUUUUCGCAUCAUUCCAGUUACAGACUGCGCUCUUGUAAUGUGCUUCACUGGUCCGCGAUAUCGACUUGAUCAAUUACAAACCAACGAGUUUGGUGACGAAAGACAAGAACAAUAAAAAGAAAAGCUGGUGUCAAUCAUUAUUUUGUUACUUUACUAUACCUAUUUGAAUGAACGUUUUAUUAAAUUUGCUUCUGUGAAGAUACGUCCACGAAUAUCUGACACAAUCUAGCAUUAUAAUGUUCUUACCAACUUAUAUAUAUAAUAGGUAUAUUUUCAACUCUCUGCCCAUAAUUCAACAUUCUAUAUAUAAUUACAAAACAUGCGCACGUCAUAUGCCACAAUAUUAUGGACUUGACUGUCACGAGACGCUUUGAGAUCUUUAUUUGGAGAAUCAUUUGGUCGAAUUGCAUUUAUGACUCGAAUUCAAAUUGAACUCCA